AUCUUACAUCAUGGGUGAGAUAGUACCAAAUCAAUUGUUUGUUGCUGGUUAUAGUCGCAACAAAAUAUCAGAUGAAAAAGGAAUUAAAGAUAUUUUUAAGAAGUAUGGAAACAUUAAGGACGUUGCUUAUAAAGGCUCCUAUUCUUUUGUUGUAAGAACUUUAUUUUAUAUAUAAAUAGACUUUUUCUUCAGAAUAAGAAGCUUAAAAUGCUAUAUCUGCUUUAAAUGGAGAGUCUAUUAAUGGAUAAAAAUUUAAAGUAGAUAUUGUGGACAAUCGUAAAGGUAGACGAAAUGGUCCUUAAGAAAAUGAUGAAUGCUUUAAAUGUGGAAAAGGUGGUCAUUGGUAUAUCUUAUUCUCUUAUUUUAGGGCUCGAGAAUGUCCCAAUCGUACAUCACCCAAUAGAAGAAGAAAAUAUUCAAAUUCAAGAUCAAGGUAUUUAUUAUUUCUAUUUUUGAGACACCGAAGAUCAAGAAGAUCAAAUUCAAGAUCUCGUUCUUAUUCUUCUUAUUCAUCUUCUCAUUCAAGAAGAAGAAGAGAUGCUAAAAAGAGAAGCAGAUACAGUAGAAGAAGUAGAAGCCCAAAAAGAGAUAACAAAAGAAAGAAAAGUUCCAGUUGCAAAAGAUCACAAAGUAAUUCAAGGUCCAGAUCCUCUGUCAGCAAUAAAUAACGUUAGUCACAUAAGUCAUCUUCAUCUAAAUGAGAAAGGAUCAAAUUAAGAAAAAAAAAGAAAUUAGAAAUUAAAUCAAUCCUUUUCUUCCAUUUUUCAUUUUCUCCAUCUAUUUCUGGACUAAAUUGUGUCAUUUGUGUAAAACCACACUCAAAUUAAAGUUCUUAA